CUCCUUGCGUGUUGUUUGGAUCAAGCACGAGGUUUUCUCUCGGUGUUCUUUCAGUAUUGGUUUCCGGAUAACAAUAUUGUUUCUCCACCCCUCAAGCUUUCAGUCAGUUACCGUGGCACUUUCUGACCUCAUGGUCCUUAAUCCCUGCCGCAAGUUUGUGACCGAUACAUUACAUCCAUCAUUUCUGUAUCCUCCCCUUCAUUUGCGUAAUCUAUAACAUUAGCCAAAUAAUUAUUUCUAGUGUAGGGGCGGAAGUGAAGUUUUUGAUUCACUACAGUUUUGUGACUAACAUCACAUGCAGUCAUAUCAUUGAUGACCACAUUAAUAGGGUCAGCUCGCAGAGUGUGUAAUCAUCUGCGACACAGUCAUCAUUGUCUAAGUAAGGGUGUUGGUUACCAUCGGCAGUGCGUCCAUCUCUGCGCAUCGAGGGGCAUUGUCAGCAACAUGAGGCUUGUCCAGUUCACUUGUUCUGACGGGAUGCGACUUGGUAUCGAACAGAAGGAAGGGGGAAAUGUGAUUGAUCUGAACUCUUUCGAGCCAUCACUGCCUCAUACAAUGAGACAGUUUCUUGAGAAAGGUGACUCUUCCCUAGCUAUCGCUAAAAAAGCUGUGGAGUCUGGACGGAACAUCCGGAAUCGGUGUGAAGUUACUCUUUUGCCACCCAUCACAAGUCCAGAUAAAGUUAUCUGUGUUGGGAUGAACUAUGUUGACCACUGCUUAGAACAAAAUGUUCCAAUCCCAAAGGAACCAAUAAUAUUCAGCAAAUUUCCUAGUUCUAUUGUUGGACCAUAUGAUGACAUAAUCCAUCCAAAAGAAAGCAAUGAAGUGGACUGGGAGGUGGAGCUUGCCUUUGUUAUUGGAAAGAAAGGGAAAGACAUAAAGAGUGAUGAAGCAAUGGAGUAUGUGGCAGGUUUCACUGUUGCUCAUGAUGUUAGUGCCAGGGACUGGCAGAUGAAAAGAAAUGGGAAGCAGUGGCUGCUGGGAAAAACUUUUGAUACAUUCUGCCCAUUGGGACCAGCUCUGGUAACAAAAGACAGUUUGUCAGAUCCUCACAGUCUUGGGAUUCGGUGCCGAGUGAAUGGUGAGAUUGUUCAGAACAGUAAUACUGACCAAAUGAUCUUCAAAACUGAAGCCCUUAUUGCCUGGAUUUCACAAUUUGUUACUUUGUAUCCAGGCGAUGUUUUCCUCACAGGAACACCACCGGGAGUGGGAGUUUUCAGGAAGCCGCCCUGUUUUUUAAAGAGAGGUGAUGUUGUAGAAUGUGAAAUUGAUGAAAUUGGGACCAUUAGAAACAAAGUGGUUUAGAGCACCUGGUAGCCUGGUGGCCAUGGAAUUCUGGAAAAUUAACAAUUGGAUUGCUACAGGGUGUUUAUUUGCCAGAUGAAAAAUAAUCCCAUAUAGACUUCCUGUUGAGUUAUCACACUGGAAACCCUUUAUUUACAUCUCAGUUGGGAAACAUUCUUUUAACUUUAAUGUAAAACUGUUGAUUUCAUGAGACUGCUUAUCCUUCCAAGUUAACCAUCUCCACAUUUUCAUUUUUUGUCUGAAAUACUGACUGAUUUCUUUUUGAUCACCGUUUCUGAAGAUUUCUGUAGAUGAGGUUGAUACUGAUAUUUUACCGUCGUGCAGAGCUGGUAUGCCGAGUCUGAUUUUUAACUGGAAAUGUAAAUCAUGUCAGAAUUCAAGAAAAUUGCCAUAAAUGUAAUUUUGAACUAAUGAUAAUCUUUUCCAUUUGUGCCUGUUUCUGUGCAUCUCUGCCGUUGAAUUAAUAUGGAAUUUAAACAGGGUUUUAGAGAAAAAUAUGGUGAAAAAUUAAGAAGUUUUUUCAUUAUAAUUUAUUAGUUUUUAGGUGUAUAAACUCUAGACUCUGUGCUUAGCAUAGCCUCAUUUGUGGAAGGCUAGUACAACAACCCAGAUUUUUGGCAGAUAACAUGAAAGAGCAGCAGUCAAUGAGAAAUGCUUCAAAAGUAAAGACAAUACAGAACACUGCUACUAAUAAUGUGAGGAGUAUAGAGAAAGCAAGCAGUUUAGUUGGACAUUCAGUAGUGGCAGUGUAGGAGCCCAUAUAAUACUUUGUACAAUGGGCACUGUCCUGCUUGUGGCAGAGCUAGACUGGUUGCUCUGUUUGGCAAUGUGAAUACUGCAUGUAAACCCAGUAAACACUGCAUUGCUAGUGACAGUAGUGGUAAUGUCUGGGAUGGGUACAUAUUAAGAUGGCAUACUGCCUUUUUAAUUCGUAGUCUCACUGUAGCAAGAGCUGACACUGUACUAUUAUAUUGAAUGCUGGCAAUCUAAGGGAUCCUUUCAUAGAAUGCUAUUGGAUGUUCUAAUAUAUUUGAUACUGGUGAUGUAAAGGGUUAUGCAGGAUGAGCAAUUGCUUUACUGCUGCAUUUAAUUAUUAAUCAUGCAAGGGCUGUUUACAAACAUCCUGGUUGCUGUACACAUUGAUUUGAGACAAUUAAUGUUUUGCCAUGUACAGACAAAAUAUACAUUUGCACUAUCAGUUGUCCAGACUCAAAAAAAGUAAACCAUCCAGAAGGCCUGCUUGAUGGGGAGAAUUGAAUGACCACAGGCUUAAUCUCACUUCAGGGAGAGGUUGUAAAUGUCAUCUAAUGCUGGGCUGUGUUCAGGCAGUGGUUUGGAAGUGUUGUAGCCCACAGGAUUUAACACUGCAAGGGCGGUAGCAGCUGCCUUUGCACAUUAUGCCCACAGCAGUGUAUAAAUCCAUAUCUGUCUCCACUUUAAAGCACUGCACACAGGAGCCAAGGGAAAGCUAGGACUAAGUUUUCAAUUGCUGUUGGUUAUUUGUGAUGGCCACCAUCCUUGCAAAUGUGAAUGCUGUUUAAGACAUUCAUUGUUAGAUGAAAGAAUUUGAGAUAGGUAAGGUAGUAGGGUGAUAGGGUUUCAAAUAAGAUUGGAUCUGGAGAGGGAAAUUACAAAUAAAUAAAUAAAAAUGAAUAUGUUUAUAAUCUCUGUGUGCAGAGUGGGCAUAUAUUUUACAGUUCUUUCACUGGCAAUCAUAUGACAGCUGUAAGUAGACGGAGAAGCCACUUGAGUAGUUAACAUGCCCAUGUGCAGAUGGGCCACACACACUACUGGUAGGCUUAGUUUUGGGAAUAUAAGGAUUGUAUAUGGACAGUGGGAUUGCUGUGCUGUUUUUUUUACUCUGAUAAUGCAGGCCAUAUACAGACAGAUCAGUCAUUGUACAGAUGCAUCUGUUACUGCUGUUGUGAAGGAUAUAAAGGAUAUAAACAUUAAGUGUAUUCUAUGUAGUUAAUGUGAGAACUGCAGAAAGAGAGAUUGCGUAUUGGUAUAUAUAAUUGUAAUGAAUGAUUGCUAAUAUGUUUGAUGAUGGAAAUAUGAAAACAAUGCACAAACAACUCUUGCUCUACUGAUGCAUUUAAUGCUGAAAGUUUUUUUCCUAUGCUAUUUUUUUUCCUUCAUGCCUGCUGUCAGGCCUCCCUGUAUUGCUCUUGAACCUGUUCUUUCAUCACUGAAAAAUCCCACUAUAAGGUCAAGAGCCAUCUGGAGGACCAUUGUUCAUGCACCCAUGGGAGUGGUUUGUGCCCUCAACAGUGUUCCAACAAUGAGGGCCUUUCUAAGUGAGGUUGUAACCCCCUCCUCUUGUGACAGAAGUGAGCAUCAGUGCUGCUAUGGGACAAUCCCACACCUUGUGUGUCUGUGUGUGUGUGUACACUCGCCUGGGUGCUUUCACCCACAAGUUAAUGCGGACUACCAUCACCAGCUUGGGAUCACCAAGCAACAACUCCAAUCCAAGCCAUUUUUAGUGCCAUACAAGCCUGUGGUAGUGACUAGGCAACUGGAAGCUACUCUGCCUUCUCCUACGAUAAACAAGCCAGCAUCAGCCACACACACCCACCCUUCCCCACUCAACUGCUCGAGUCCAUUAAGCUGCUGUUCAAACAGUGGUCUUCUGGAUCACAGUCAAGGCUUUAUCACACCACCGUGCAGGCUGAUAAUAUGAGAGUUGCAUGGAGAUAGAGCACAUGUUCUGGGGAAUAAGCUCCUUGAAGAUGAGACCAAUAUUAGUGCUGUUAAUAUAAAUUUGUAAUGAGCAAAAAAUAAAUAUUUUUUCUUGCAA